AUCAUCGGUGGCAAUAUCGAUGACUCUUUCGAUAUAAGUACCACCUCGGGCUCGAUUUCUGUGAAGAGACCACUGGACAGAGAGAGCUUAAACAACGACGAGAUCAUCCUAACAGUUCAGGCCACGGACAAAGGUGACCCACCUCUAAGUUCAACAAAAGACGUGAGAAUUAAAGUUAAGGACAUCAAUGAUGAGCCUCCCGUGUUCACAGAAGACACAUACUUCGGCUCCAUAGAUGAAGAGCAGGAGGGAGGCAUUCUGGUUCUUCAAGUCUCUGCCACAGAUAAAGACUUGGGAUCAAAUGCCGACGUUAAGUAUCGUAUCAUCAGUGGUGAUGGAGGCUUUCCUGUCGACAUAGCCGGAGGCAGUAUCUUCUCUUCUAAAAAGCUGGACAGGGAGACGAAAGCCAUUUACUCAUUCGUCGUGGAGGCAUACAAUCCUGGCGCUGAUUGGCUGAACGACACAGCAACGGUCAACAUUACAGUCAACGACAUCAAUGAUAACCCGCCUAACUUUACCACCCUACAAUCUGAUACUAUAACCAUUCCGGAAGACACCAAGACGGGCACAAGCGUGUUUCGUGUUUCCGCUGAGGACAGGGACAACAAUGAUGUUAACUACAGAUUGACAGGUGGUAGCUGCCGUGAGCUGUUCUCAAUUGAAGAAUCAACAGGUGCGAUCAGCGUUAAAGAAAGGCUGGAUACCAUUGACCGGCGGGAUGAAGUCUACUCCUGCAUUAUCGAAGUCACCGCAGAGGAUGAUGGAGUCCCUUCGUUGAAUACAACAAAAAGUAUCGAUGUCAACAUAACGGCAGUGAACUACUUUUGGCCUGAAUUUGAAGCCACCUUCCUCAAUGUGACUGUGAGAGAAGGUCUAAGAUGGGGUGAUCCUGUGGACGGAGUUCUGCUUAAUGCAACAGAUGCAGACGAGGGACGCAAUGGUGUGGUGAUGCUUCAAAUCACCGACUCGUCAAUCAAAGGUUUGUUCAACGUUACAGCAGAAGGACAGCUGAUCGUGAACGUUGCCGAGUUGGACAGGGAACCAGACAACGAUCAUGUCUCUGUUAAUGUGAGCGCCUAUGACUUGGGGACGCCACGGAAAUAUGCCAACGUCUCGGCCGUAGUUCACAUAACUGUGUCGGACAUCAAUGACAACGUUCCAGUUCCGGAUGAUGAAAGCAUUGAGGUAUCAAUACCUCAGGACACUCCACUUCAAACGGUAGUACUGAACGUUACAGCAUCGGACCGGGACAUCGGGGAGAACGCCAUCAUACGGUUCUGUCUGGAUGAAAGGGAUCGGGAGGGCACCGCGAGUUUGUUUCUCGUGAAUUCAACAACCGGAGCCAUAACUGUCAACGGGUCACUUGAACUAACAAGCUAUGUAUUUUACGUGAAUGUUGAGAACACGGCGGACUUCGAAGGCACUGUCAACGAGUUCGGAAAAUAUAACAUCAAAGUGAACGUUACCGUCAUCUCAACAAACCGACACGCUCCUAUUUUUACUGAAGAUCUCUACGAGCUCCACGUCAAUGACAGCUUGCUUACAGGACAUACCAUAUGCUGGUAAUGGCAACCGAUGAUGACUCUGGUUCCGAUGGGGAUGUUGAAUAUUCGUUUAAAGACCACACAUGUCAAGCA